GGACUGCAGCAUUGUGCGUUUUUAUCCAAAACAUUAGACAUUGUUGCUCAAGGCUUACCUGCGUGUCUGGGGGCUGUCUCCGCAUGUGCUUUGAUGGUUUUAGAUGCGGAAAAAUUGGUUUUGUCUCACCCACUGAUCUUGCACUCGUCACAUCAAGUUAAACAGGUGUUGCAAAAUUUACAGACCCAUUAAAUUAAUUUAUCAGUAAUUUAAUAGAUAAUUAAAUUAACAUAUGACUAUUUAUUCUCUGUUCUACUAACAAUCUCGAAAUUCGUGUCACAUCCUCUUUUGAUAAUGUAGGUCGCGCUCUCGCUCGCCUCCUUAAUUCUCAGGAUGAUACUUGGGAUUCUUGUUUUAUAAUUUAUGAUAUUUAUUAUACCUCUGUGGUUAUUCUGUGUGUUCACUGCCUGAUAUUCUGCAUGAGGCAUACGCUCUUCCUUUCUCAUUUGAUUUUUGUCAUCUUGAUUGUGGACAAAUUCUCUAAAUGGGUAGAAGUUUUUCCCUGUUCUCGAGAGAACACGAAGGUAGUUACUCGUACUCUGGCAAAAGAAAUAAUACCUAGUUAUAAUAAUAAUAAUGAUACAUUUUAUUUAUAAGUGCCUUUCAAGGCACCCAAGGACACUGGACAGUAAAAAAGAAAAACAAACAAUAAAAGCAGAACAAUAAAAUAACAACAAUAAAAUAAUAAGAAAUCAAUAAUAAUGAUUAUUAUUAUAGUUAUGGGGUUUCAAAUGCCAUAGACUCAGACAAAGGUACCCGUUUCACCUCAAAAGUCACGCAAAACCUUUGUAAGUAUCUCUAAACUAAACUGGUGUUUUCACAUUCCUCAAUCCUCUGGUAUCGUAGAACGUACUAAUCGAACAUUGAAAGACAAAUUAAUUAAGGCCAUGCAGGACACAGGUUUGGUUCUGCAAUCCAUAAUUCAUUCUGGCUGAAAUUUGUGUGACACCAAGAAAUUAUUUUUGGAAGACCUUUCCCUCUCCCCUGGAAGAAGGGAACUCCGGCUCCGGGUACCUCUGAUUUGAAAAUGCAUAUGGAUGAGUAUUCUGCAGCCCUUAUAGAUAAGUUAUAUAAAAUUUGUACCAAGGUCAAUAGUACAAUAUUAUCUCCACCACACACCCCUUUCACAUGGGAGACAAGUGCUGGUGUGACUUUUUAAAGUAAUGAUUUGGACAAUUGGGAAAACCUAGAUAUGGUGGGCCUGCAGACAUAGUCGCCAUUACUUUUACUGCUGUUUUAACUGAUCUUUUUCCACAGUGGAUCCAUGCCACGCGAUUGAAGAAGGCUCCGUAACAAAGUUGUGUUACAAUGACAAGUUUGCUACUAACGUUUUCUCUGUGUUCCUAUCUAGUCUCUCUCUGGCCAGUUUUCUCUCUCUCUGUCUCUCUAUUUCUGAGCUCUACCCAGAUUUGACUGAGAAUCCUCAAGACGUUGUGAACAAAGAGGGGAAGAGAUCUUGCGCCCAGUUUGGGACCAAUCAUCCUCAUUACAACCAUGACAGUCCUCAUCACGGGUUUCGUGACUUCAUUGUUGCUCGGGGCAGGGUUACCCGCCCGAGCCUUCUGGACCACUUCAUUGCUCGGAGCAGGGUUACCCGCUCGAGCUGGACUUCGAGACAACAUCUUCUGGCAAUUCGCUAACUGGACUGCACAAGCGCACACCACACGAAUGUGUUAUGUCUUUCAUCUGAUGCCGUUUUCUACUAUUAUUACACAUCUCUAUGCUCUGAAACUCUGUAUUCUUACAGGACUCUGUUCUCACUAUAGGUCGAUAUGCCUUCUGUAAGAAUAUAAUCCUGAAUACUCCUAAACCUACUCUUGUAAAUGCGCGGCCCAAGGGUGACUGUCGUUUAGUGUAGCAGUUUAGGGUUUACUUUAGGCCAGCUACAAUACAGUACGUGCUGCUCUGUACAUUUUGCAUUUCCACAUGUUCUGUUCCCGUUUCAUAUCUUGAUUUUGUCUAUGUUUUUGUGUGAAACAUUCUGUUGAACUGUGCAUAACUCUUGUGUGACCUUGAUACUGAGUGUGCAAAGCACAUUCCGUAACUUUCCACUGCUGAUACUCCCUACGCAGAGUAUAUAAAGCCCCGACGCGCAGCUGCGCAUUAGGGCACGACUGAGAAUAAACCAGAUUGAUUUAACUCGUGUGGUUUGCUCUCUUUUUGUCCUCGGAGUACUCCUUGUAACGCAUCUGAACAGCACGCAGCACAAUCCUAACAAUUUGGUGACCCCGACGUGAUUCUCUCAAUCAGGUAAGACAUGUUUGAUUGACUACCUGAUUGGAAGUAGUUCCGUAGUGCCCUAAGGAGGGCUUUGUUUUCCCUGGUUCGAGUCCAGGAAGAGCGUGCUAUAGAAAUUUGUGUAGCGCCCUAAGGAGGGCUUGGUUUUCCCUGGUUCGAGUCCAGGAAGAGCGCGCUAUAGAAAUUUAGAUAAAUAUCUGCUGUUUGUUUCUGUUCAGAUCCGUUUGCUUUACUGUACGAUGGGGAGCUCGUAUCCUAAACCUGAGGUCACAGACACCCCGGCGGAAUGGAUGAAUAAGUGUGGUUUAGGCUAUUACGUUACGCCGUGGCUGGACAAUUUGGCUGGGUGGACGGAGGCAAAUCCUCAGAUUCCAUAGUAUCCCCGUGAUGGGACGUUUAAUCCAGGCUUCCUUGCUUCAGCGCACCGUAUGAUUUACGAAAGCAAUGGUUUGACAUGAAGAAGGUAUGGGAUAAAUCAAAGGGUGUUUACACCCCGAGACCUGUUUUAAAGGCUAUUCCAAAACCAAAACUUUCUCAGUCAACCUCCCAUGUAAAAGCGAGGGAGGAAUAGUUACGUCCCACUCAUUCCUCAUCUCAUAUACAUGUCCAGUAAAUUUGUUAGCACAUGAUUUAAUGUGCAAAUUAGAAGUAAAUCUCACAUCCACUCCAGAUGGACUAACUAUUGAAGUAAGUGAAAUGUGUGGUGUGCAGUAUGGGUUUGGAAGCCCUCUGUAUGUGUAUGUCUGGCAGCUCUGUUCAGAUCAGCUCGCACACUUGAACACCUCAUCAGUUGACACAGAUUAUAUGAUGAGGAGCGUUUGCUCGAAAUAGUCGAUGUGUUGCAACCUAGAAAUGACGUCGCUGUGAAUAUAAAGGAAGAAAUAGCUCCGGCUCGGGAAGGUGGCCGUCCGCGUCAGCGCACCGUGUCGAUAUUUUUUUUGGAGGGACACACCGAAUGCUUUGCAGCUCCUGCGUGAGCAGUUAACUAGGUAUUUCUCCGCCUGAUGUUUUUGCUCUAUCCAGUUCUGUGCUGCCACAUAACAUUCUGAACGCUGCUUGUACGUCCCAAGCUCUUUCCCCUGUUCUCUCUGCUCUUCCUAACACCCUGUGGGCGGAUCAUAAGGACGAUGUGGGCUCUGUGAGCUGCUCUCCGUAUGAAGCUGUUAUUAAACACUCUACACCUGUUUAUGUUAAACAAUACCCUCUGUCUCCUAGUAAGCUCAAUGGUAUUGACAAUAUUCUAAAAUCUCUUUUGCAGCAAGGUGUCGUGGUUCCUUGUGUCAGCCCGUAUAACACCCCAGUGAACCCGGUCCCAAAACCGGAUGGCACAUGGCGCCUCACUCAAGACCUACGUAAAAUAAAUGAACUCAUCGUUCCCGUGGCUCCAGUGGUCCCUGACGUUCCUUCUCUUAUGUCUUCUAUUCCGUGUGACCAUGCUUAUUUCUCUGUGAUUGAUUUGUGCUCUGCCUUUUUCAGUGUUCCUGUGGGCCAUGAGACUCAGCCCCUGUUUGCUUUCACACACAGGGGAAGACAAUACACGUGGACGCGGUUGCCACAGGGUUUCAUUGACUCACCGGCGGUCUUCACUGCCGUAUUGCGGGACGCGCUGGCUGAUCUCUGUCUUCCCCGGGGCUCCACGGUGCUCCAGUACGCGGAUGAUCUCCUGGUAACGGCGGAGGAUCAAGGCGCUUGUGCUGCCGCCACAUUGUCUCUCCUCACACUCCUGGCGCAGAAGGGUUUCAAGGUCUCCCGCACGAAGUUGCAGUUUUGCCUCACAACUGUUCGCUACUUGGGACAUGACCUCUCCCAGGGUUCCAGGAGGCUUAGCCCGGAACGUGUUCAAGUCAUUAUGGACACUCAGGCUGCGGAGCUCUAUGCUUUGACUCGCGCGUGUAUUUUGGCUCAAGACACAGACGUUACUAUUUACACCGACUCACGCUACGCUUUCGGCGUGGCGCACGACUUCGGCCGCACUUGGGCGUCUCGGGGGUUUACGACAGCCGACGGUAAGCCCAUUUCUCAUUCUUCACUUGUUACUGAUUUAAUCACCGCCUGUCUCCUUCCGUGCACGUUGGCCAUUGUUAAGACACGCGCGCACACAAGAGGGGACUCAUUUGAAGUAAAGGGCAAUUCAUUCGCUGAUCGACUCGCUAAAGCUGCAGCCGCAUCCGGUGUCCUGCCUCCAGGCUUUAACUGCGCUUUAGUUUCUACUGAUCGCAUGGUUAGCGCUGUCUUACCUGACAUAGAUCUCAUUUCUAUCCAGGCCUCGGCCUCUGUGGCAGAUACGCAGUUCUGGGACGCCCAGGGCGCGACAGAGAAGAGUGGCGUUUUGCUUGACGCACAGGGCCGUCUUUGUUUACCUCGUCACUGUACUCCCUUUCUCGUCCGCGAGUUCCAUGGUCCCACUCAUCGCGGCCGAAGAGGGGUAGUGGAAGAUAUGAACAGAACAUUCUGCAUCAAUAAUUUGCACACAGACGCACACAACAUUCUGGACAAGUGUUUAACGUGCGCCCAGAAUAAUCUAUCUAAACCAGGCGCGGUACAUCAGCACCUUCCCAUACCCGACACGCCUUUUCCAAGAAUGGCAGAUCGACUUCACUCACAUGCCAAAGCAGGGCCCGUUUAAAUACCUUUUGGUCAUGAUUGACAAAUUUUCACGGUGGAUUGAGGCUUUCCCGUGUAGCAAAGAGAACGCCCGAACAGCAGUGAACAAACUUACACAGGAAAUUAUCCCACGUUACGGUCUUCCAGUAGGAAUUGACUCUGAUAAGGGAACGCCGUUCACCUCUAAGGUAACGCAGGAGCUAUGUAAAGACCUCAAGAUCAAUUGGCGUUUUCAUAUCCCAUACCAUCCACAGUCCUCUGGCAUUGUGGAGCGCGCGAAUAGAACGAUUAAGGGUAAGUUGCGUAAGGCUAUGCAAGACGCAGGCACGAAAAAUUGGGUCCAAGUUUUACCGUUGGUCCUCGCUGAUAUGCGCAUGACUGCUCAGGUCGCUCUCGACAAUUUAUCUCCGUACGAGCUCGUCAUGGGACGCCCCUUUCCUGUCCCUUGGCGUAGAGGCAUGCAGGUUAUAGGAACGGGUGAUCUUGAAGUACAUCUCAGCGAGCACGCGGUGGGUCUCAUGCGGGUGCUGGAUGAGUAUUGGGCGAGAGUAAAUUCCAAAAAGCCUCCCAUUCCAGAGGCACACACUCACCCCUUUGAGGUAGGGGACAGAGUUUUAGUAAAGAGAUUCGGUAAACUAAACGCUCCCAUGGAGGAGUCACCCUACAGUGGGCCCACCGAUGUACUCGCUGUAACUCGCACGGCUGUGCUAACGGACCUUUUUCCACAGUGGAUCCAUGCCAGCAGAAUAAAGAAGGCUCCAAUGUAAUAGAAAUCUAUAUUGUUGAUGCUUAACAGACUUUUGUGUUUCAGAAAGUUGCUGUGACAAUAGCUGACGGCCUUUUCAGGGAUCCCCUUCCAGCAUCUGGAGCAAUCCAGUUUCGGCUGAUCUACAAAGAGGGGAUGGUUGGUGAGUCUUGCAAAGUUCUGGGCUGAAGAGUCUGAAAAGCACGGGAGCCUGUGACAUUUUUCGCCGUCUGCACCCUGUGAGCAUUAGAGAACAAAGUCAGUGACCAGUAUGACUUUCUUCAUCAUCGUGCUGAUCUCAACGCUUGGGGCAGGGUUACCCGCACAAGCAAUACACCGGGACCCAAGGGAUAAUGAGUUUUAGAAAUAUGUAAACUUCACUGUAAAAACAUCAAUGAAUAUGAGUAAACCCUGUUAUGUGUGUUCUUUGUUACCCCAUGACAGCAGCGAUCCUUUUCCGGUCCGAAUAGCCCCGUCUAACUACUCUGAGGUUAAUAUGAUGAUCUCGCACACAGGUUAUGUCCCUGUGUCGGCCAAGACUGGGGUGUGAAUAAUACUCUGGGCUUGCGUCAGAGUAUUAAAGAGGGGAUUGUAAGAAUAUAAUCCUGAAUACUCCUAAACCUACUCUUGUAAAUGCGCGGCCCAAGGGUGACUGUCGUUUAGUGUAGCAGUUUAGGGUUUACUUUAGGCCAGCUACAAUACAGUACGUGCUGCUCUGUACAUUUUGCAUUUCCACAUGUUCUGUUCCCGUUUCAUAUCUUGAUUUUGUCUAUGUUUUUGUGUGAAACAUUCUGUUGAACUGUGCAUAACUCUUGUGUGACCUUGAUACUGAGUGUGCAAAGCACAUUCCGUAACUUUCCACUGCUGAUACUCCCUACGCAGAGUAUAUAAAGCCCCGACGCGCAGCUGCGCAUUAGGGCACGACUGAGAAUAAACCAGAUUGAUUUAA